AGCCCCUGUUAGCACCGGGUCCGUGAAGACAGCGUGGGCCUGAGGAGCGGGCGGACGGGAGUCAGAGGGUCUGGGUGACCCGGGGGUGCAGAGGAGGAGCCGACACUCACAGUGGGGCUCUGCUGGCUGCUCCACAGAGGGGUACGGCGGGUGAUUUCCUGUCCCAAGUCAGGAGCAUCGCUGGACCUGGGCCGCGGAGGGGAAGCGACGCAGUCAGCCUGAAGCCCAGUGCUGUCCAGGCACAGGGACCUGGGACACGCGUGAAGGCGGAGAAGCGCAUCCUUGCAGAGGAGGCUGGGGGGAGGCACAGGGUCAGGGAGACAGCCUUGAGUGGGGAGACAGGAGGCUUCAGAGUGAGCAGAGAUGAUGGCGGGGGCAGCUCUAGCAGCCAGGGGCUCAGACCCUGCGUAGGUUUGUCGCCAGGGCCAGCAGGGGGACACGGGGAGUGUCAGCUUGAGCCCCACUGCCCGGCUCAGUGCUGCGGGCAGGGGGCUGGCUGCAGCCGCACGCGGGCUUGGGGGUCUGCAUGGACCUCCGGCUCUGGGUUGAGAAGCCACGGGUGAGGUCAGCAGAGGGGAGAGCGGGGACCCGAGGAAAGAGCUGAGAGGCAGCCGGGCUCGGCGGCCGGGUGUCUGCAGGGUGGCCCAGCUGGGGCCUUGUCCGGGUGUGCACUUGGCGGCGGGGGCAGCGAGGCCGUGGUGGACGGAAUGGCAGAUUCAGCGAGAUCGCUGACAAGGGCUUUAUGGGUCUGAAGCGGGUCCAUUAGGAGUGCCGUUCAGACCCCAGCACCUUCGUGCGGUCUUCCAUCACACAGUGAGGGAAGUGUGGUUUUUCUGGGUCCAUCACUCACUGCACUUACUCUCACUGUCACUCGUGGCGAAGGAAGCUCUGCUUUAUCAGAGUCGAUGGCUGAGCCGGGAGUGAGGAAGCUCACAGCACAGUGGGGACACGCUCUGGCUGCUGAAACUUGCUAAUGCGGUUCUGAGAUAGAUGAACAUGCGUCUGUCCACCGCGCCUGUGCUGGUGCUGUGUGAAGCGGGAGACAGGUUCCCCUCGGGUGUGGGCAGCACUGGGGUGGGGCGGGUCAGCACGGGUAACCUGCCCCGAGCAGCCUCUGGAGCAUGGGCACACGCACACGCGUGCACACGCAGGCAGGCAGGCGGGGCUCCACCGCCGCGGAGGGACUGUUGUUGGCGGUUCUCAGUGACCUUCUGUCUUUUCCCGUCAGGGUGUUGAGACGCUGGAGCUCUUGUUGGAGUCUUCCAGAGCGCUCCAGGGAGAGGUAGGGAAGGGCGCUUGUGCCGGCAGGAGCUGGGAAGCACAGACAUCACCCGCCUUCUCCCGAGCCGGUGUUGACGCAGGCUGCGGCCGCGGUUGUCGUGUGCGGGGUGUCGCCUGAGGACAGAAGCGCUCUGUGGGCGAUGCUUACCUUCCAUGGGGGCGGCUGCCAGCUGAACCUCAACAAGAAGUGCACGCACCUGGUUGUUCCCGAGCCAAAGGGGGAGAAGUACGAGUGUGCUUUGAAGAGAGGCAGCAUUAAGGUUGUGACCCCCGACUGGGUCCUGGAUUGCAUCUCUGAGAAGACCAGGAAGGACGAAGCCCUUUAUCACCCCCGCCUCGUCGUUUACGAGGAGGAAGGGGAGGAGGGGGAGGAGGAGGGGGCGGGCGAUGAGGAGCCGGACUCCCCGCGCGAGGGCAGCACGGACGGGAAGUCCAGCCCGGCCAGCUCUCAGGAGGGCUCCCCCUCCGGCGAGCCGCCGUUCUCACCCAAGUCACGCGCUGAGAAGUCCAAAGGGGAGCUGAUGUUCGACGACUCCUCAGACUCCUCGCCCGAGAAGCAAGAGAGGAACUUAAACUGGACGCCUGCGGAGGUCCCCCAGCUGGCGGCGGCAAAGCGCCGGCUGCCCCCUGGCAAGGAGCCCGGGCUGAUUAACCUGUGUGCCAACGUGCCACCCGUCCCCGGGGGCAUCCUGCCGCCCGAGGUCCGCGGGAGCUUGCUGGCGCCGGGACAGAGCCUGCAGGGCCCCGAGAGGCCCGAGGUGAUGGCCGCCUGGAGUCCGGCCGUGCGGACGCUGAGGAACAUCACGAACAACGCUGACAUCCAGCAGAUCAGCCGCCCCUCCAACGUGGCGCACAUUCUGCAGUCCCUCUCGGCGCCGACGAAGACGCUGGAGCAGCAGGUGAACCACGGCCAGCAGGGCGCUCCGGGCGCGGUGCUGCUCGGCCAGGUGAAGGCGGCCCCGGAGCCGGCCGCGGCGCCGCACCCCGUGCUGCAGCUGCGGCCCCAGCAGCUCCUGCAGCUCCAGCAGCAGCCCUACGGCCCGCCUCCGCCGCACCCGUUCCCGCCGCCGCAGGCCCAGCCGCACCCCUUCCCCCCGCCGCCCCUGCCGCGGCCGCAGCCGCCCCUGCAGCAGCAGCAGCUUGCCCACCUGCAGCAGCAGCACCUCCAGCACCUGCAGCGCCUGCAGCAGAUGCAGCAGAUGCAGCCGGCGCCGACAGCACAGCCGCCUGGCCCGCCCGCCCAGGCCCUGCAGCCCCCGCCGCCCCAGGCGCAGGCGCAGCCCCCGCUGUUCGGACACGACCCGGCGGUGGAGAUCCCAGAAGAAGGCUUCUUACUGGGAUGUGUAUUUGCAAUUGCGGAUUAUCCAGAGCAGAUGUCUGACAAGCAGCUGCUGGCCACCUGGAAAAGGAUCAUCCAGGCGCACGGAGGAGCCGUGGACCCCACGUUCUCGAGCCGCUGCACCCACCUGCUCUGCGAGAGUCAGGUCAGCGGGCUGUUCGCACAGGCAAUAAAGGAGAGGAAGAGGUGCGUCACGGCGCACUGGCUGAACACGGUCCUGAAGAAGAAGCAGCUGGUGCCACCCCAUCGGGCCCUGCACUUCCCCGUGGCCUUCCCCCCGGGGGGCAAGCCGUGCUCCCAGCACAUUAUCUCUGUGACGGGGUUCGUUGACAACGACAGGGACGACCUGAAGCUGAUGGCGUACCUGGCAGGCGCCAAGUACACGGGCUACCUGUGCCGGAGCAACACGGUGCUCAUCUGCAGAGAACCGACCGGUUUAAAGUACGAGAAAGCCAAAGAGUGGCGGAUCCCGUGUGUGAACGCCCAGUGGCUGGGGGACAUCCUGCUGGGGAACUUUGAGGCCCUGCGGCAGACGCAGUACGGCCGCUACACCGCCUUCGGCCUGCAGGACCCCUUUGCCCCGACCCCGCAGCUGGUGCUGAACCUUCUGGAUGCUUGGAGAGUUCCGUUGAAAGUGUCAGCAGAGUUGUUGAUGGGUGUAAGACUACCUCCCAAACCGAAGCAGAAUGAAGUAACUAAUAUCCAGCCUUCUUCCAAAAGAGCCAGAAUUGAAGAUAUUCCACCUCCCACCAAGAAGUUAACACCGGAACUGACCCCUUUUGUGCUUUUCACUGGAUUUGAGCCUGUUCAAGUUCAACAGUACAUAAAGAAGCUCUACAUCCUGGGCGGGGAGGUGGCCGAGUCCGCACAGAAGUGCACCCACCUCAUCGCCAGCAAGGUGACGCGGACGGUCAAGUUCCUGACGGCCAUCUCCGUGGUGAAGCACAUCGUCACCCCUGAGUGGCUGGAGGAGUGCUUCAAGUGCCAGAAGUUCAUUGACGAGCAGAACUACCUUCUCCGAGACGCGGAGGCCGAGGUGCUUUUCUCCUUCAGUCUGGAGGAGUCCUUGAGGAGGGCCCACGCUGCUCCACUCUUCAAGGCGAAAUACUUUUACAUCACUCCUGGGAUCUGCCCGAGUCUGUCAACCAUGAAAGCAAUUGUGGAGUGUGCGGGAGGCAAAGUGUUGUCUAAACAGCCGUCUUUCCGGAAACUCAUGGAACAUAAGCAGAAUAAGAGUUUGUCAGAAAUAAUUUUAAUAUCCUGUGAAAAUGACCUUCACUUGUGUCGAGAAUAUUUUGCCAGAGGAAUAGACGUUCACAACGCGGAGUUUGUUCUCACCGGAGUGCUCACUCAGACACUGGACUACGAGUCGUAUAAAUUCAACUGACGCCCGCGCUGAUGCCUGGACCGCGGCCCGCCCCCGGCCCGUGCCCCCAGGCGCCCUUGUUUUCCAGCGGCUUGCUUCAGGACAAGCGUUUUUAAAGCAGGAAGACAAAUAUAUUAAAUAUGUUGCAUCUUAUUUAAGAUGGGUAAUUUUAUUCUGAGGAAACAUAAAUUAUGUUUUGUAUUAUACAACUUUUAAGAGCCCACAUUAGGUUUUAUGAUUCAUUUGCUGGGUUUUUAAAUGUUUUCACAACACUGUUAAUGGAACUUUAGCUGCAGAUAGAAAUGAUGUAAAUAAAGACCUUGCUAUCUCUAAAUUAUGGAUCUUAAAGAUUUGAAAUGUUUUGUACUUUUAUUUCUUAUACUCUUUUCUUUUAUAUUGAAAUCUUGCCCACAUUUUAAAUAAAUGUACUUUUGAACUUU